UAUAUAAAAUCUGUGCUAAGUCAAAAAUUUUGUUCCUUGAAUUAAUUACAAAAUGACUAUUCCUACUAGUUCAAAAACUCAAGACAAGACGGAGGAAGAACAACAAUAUGAAUUACCAGAUAAUUCUAUUCCUCCUGACGUCGAAGAAGACAAUUCACAACCGCCUGAUACAUUACCAGCCCAGCCUAUAACACUACCAAUUUUUAAUUUUCGAACAAAUUUUAGAAAUAUUUAUAUAAGUCCACUCACUAAUCCUUCUACUAUACCACCAAAUAGGGAUUAUAAUAAUGAAUUGGAAUCAUCCCCACCACAACCAAAAUGGGAUGAAUUUUGUAUUCAAUGGUGUAAACAAAAUGAUUUAAAUCGUGAUAAAUCGAUUAUACCGGAAUGUAGAAUGUUAUGUUUUAGAAAAUUUAAUAAUCAAUUCAAGAAUGAUUUAUUAAAAAAAAGAAUAGUGGUUAAAGAAGAAUUAAAUGAUCAUCAUAACAAACAUGAAGUUAAAAAUGUUGCUCAAGUAUUAUGUAUUAAAGAUGAAAAUGGAGAAGAACGUAAAGUACCAAGAAAUUUUCUGGAUGGAUAUUAUUUGUAUUAUAUAAAAGGAUUGGAAAUAUGCCAGAAACAUACUGAAGGUAUGAAGUAUGAUGAAAUUUCAAAUCGAUCCACAUGGAUCCAGAAUAAUCCAGAAGAAUAUGAACUAGAUCUUGGUGAAAAAUUUGAGAAAACCAAAUCAGAAACAAUGCGAAUAAUAAAACGCGCUUUUACUCCUGGAUAUCAAUUUGCAAAAAGAUAUUUAGAAUCAUGGAGUGAUGGAACUCAGACUUCCUUUUUUAAGAGAUUUUAUGAAAGCGUACAACGUAUGGAUGCAGUUCAUAUUAUGCAAGAUAAUGUAAAAAAGGCUAUAGAAGUUUGGGUUGACGGUGGAGAUGACAAUGAUGGAACUAAUAAUGAACCUAAUGGAAAUAAUGGAAAUGGAAAUGAUAAAAAUCUUUCUGAUGAAAGAAAUGAAAAGGAUUAAUUCAAAAAGGAUAAAUUAAAAAUUAUAAGUAGUGUAGAUUAAAUCGGAAUGAUUUUUAUAUAAAAGACUCAUAAUCAUAUUUGACAAAUUUGUAAUUUAAUAACUGUAUAUAAGGUAUAUUUAUUUUAUUAAAUUAAUCAAACGAAAAAGUACUGAACUAAUUAA